CCACGUAAGUCCGCGCAACCAGCUGGUUCAUGGGAGCUCAUCGCAACAGAUAACGGUCAACGUAUGUCACGUCUUGACCAUGAUGUAGUCAUAAAUAUAUCACACACCUCUGUAAUAGUCCCAAGCACUUCAGAGGAGAGUGCAGUAUAAAAUUGUUGAGAUGGAACAUGUCUGCCAUCAAGACAGGGUUAGGACACCAGCAUGCAUACAGAGACGAAAUCGUGGAGACAAAGCCCGGCGCGAUGAUGGCACCCAUCUUCUCUUCGACAACAUCAACAGCAAUGUGAUGAGCGCGCAAUUUCCUACACGACCAAUUUCAAGACUCACAGGGCAUAAUGGCCAAGUGCUCGCCCUCUGUUACAGCGCCGGAACAGGCCAAUACCUCUUGACCGGUAGUACCGACCGUCAUGUCCGCCUCUUUAACCCAGCCACCGGUCUCGAAGUCCAGAAAUACAGCGCUCAUGGAUAUGAGGUACACGAUAUAAGCGUCGCGCAAGACAACGAUCGCUUCAUCAGUGUUGGCGGCGACAAGACGGUUUUCCUCUGGGAUGUCACUACGCAUCAAACUCUACGACGGUGGAGUGGGCAUGCUGGAAGAAUCAAUGCUUGUGCUUUUGCUGGCGAGGGAGAUUCUCUCGUCGUGACUGGCAGUUUUGAUUCGACGGUCAAGAUAUGGGAUUGCAAGCAACGAGGCGAGAAACCGAUCAUGAGUCUAUCAGAAGCAAAAGAUGCUGUCUCCAGUAUCUCGGUUUCUGGCGCCGAGAUUCUGACCGGUAGUGUGGAUGGCAGGGUGAGGUGUUAUGAUGUUAGGAUGGGUGUUGUUGAUCAAGAUGUACUCGGCCAUCCAGUCACUUCUGUUACACCCACCGUCAACAACGACUCCUACCUUGCCAGCACUUUGGACUCGACAUUACGACUCAUGGAUAAAAGAGAUGGCAAGCUGCUUCAAGCUUUCAGGGAUCCUGGUUUCAAGAACACGAAUUACAGGUUACGGUCUACACUGGCAGCUGGAGAUAGUCUUGCCAUCUCAGGCUCGGAGGACGGUCACAUUUAUGUCUGGGAUCUGUUGACGGGUAGUUUGGCUCACAAGCUCAAGCACUCUGCUCCAGCCCUGACGGAUGGCUCCAAGAGCUUCGUAUCCAUGUCCUCCAAAAGAGAUGUUGUCAACACGGUCGUGUGGAACCAGUUGAGGAAGGAAUGGGCUAGUGCUGGUGGAGAUGGCAGUGUCGUCGUCUGGGGCGCUUGAAAUUAGCGAAACAACAUCAAAAUCAAUGUGUUGCUCAUCGCACAUGCGCUAUUGCUUCACCAUUUCGCUUGAGACGCGAAUCCCUCUUGUCUCUGGUGCUAUCCCACAUACCGGUAGCCUGCUCCUUCUUGUUGAGCACUUAUUCCGGGUCCAUCGCUCAGCCACACUCGAUCGAUUUAUGAGAAGGGCUGUUGACUAAUCAGUAUGUUGUUCCAAGUGUCAUGGUAAA